UGGUAGGUAACAGCCAUGCCAGGAUAUGGAUUCAAUGUGAUGGACUCGGACCACCCAGCAGGAGACCAAGAAAAGUAUUUCAGCACUUCAAGGAUAAAAAGAUUGCCGACUGCUUGAUGAAAACAUGUCGACUUUUGGGUUCUCAUGGAGACCUCAGCAUCCUGGCGGACCACUUCCUGGACAUCGUCAAUGAAUCUGCACGAUAUCGGAUGUCCGCUACUCCUCAUCUUAAAUGAGAUUGUGUUUGGACAUAAGCCCACAUCAGAUGACAGACAGGCAGACAGACCAGGGUCGGACCAGGGGGAACUGGACAGUACAGUCAGGAUGUUAGCAGAGGAGUACUUGUCCCCCACCAACUUCGACCUUCAGACAGCCGUGUUGCCUGAUACAUCUAGUCCAGCUGCAGCCUCCCCCCUCAGCAUUCUGCCCUCGCCAGCUGCCUCCCCCAGCACAGUGAUGAGCCUCAAUUGCAACAUCUGCCAGGUGUGUCUGUACAUGGAGGGGCUGGCCAGCUUCGCCUCCGUGCAAGGCCAACGCUUUCGCCCCCCUCCUUAUGUUGGCACUAUAUCCACUGCUGGACAAGCUCGGUGACGACAACUCCCUCAUCAGCAGCACUGCCUACAGUGUCCUUGUGGAUCUCUAUCAGGCUUGUGAAUACAGCUCCCUAGAUGAAAUGAUUCGCCACAAUGCGGACUAUUUGAUGAAUGCAAUCUCCCUCCGCCUACGCCACCUGGAGGCCAACUUACGCUGUCCAACAGUGCUCCGUGUAAUGCUGCAGUACUGUGAGGCCGACAUCCUGCCGCUGGUUGAUGACACUGUACAAGAGAUACUGAGCUGCCUAGAUGACCAUUACACUGAGGAAGCUGCCAUCUUUGUGAGGGUGUUGUAUGACCUUGUGAAGGCCAUCAACAGAUGGUUUCCUAGAGAAAAGGAAAGAGUUGAGCACACUGUACAGACAGACACCAACAGAUCAGCAGACGACCAACAACUCCAGCAUCCACCGCAAAGGUCCUCCAGUGAUGACGUCCGUGACUUCUUCGUGGACUACCACAGACAGAGGAUGAUUGCCAGUGGUGACGUGACAGAGGAGGACUAUGCUGAUGUGGCUGCAGACGACGUUGAUGAUGUCGAGAAGGAGGAGCCAAAACAGGAUCUCCCAAAACAUGUUAGUGCUGUGAAGGAGGUACUACAGCGGACCAAGCACCUGCUGGCUUCCUCUGCCCCACGGUUGCGGCUGCUGGUACUGGACAUCAUCAGUCAGGCUGUCGUUGCUCUCAAUGACUGGAGAAGUAAGAGAUUCUUUCAUUUCAUUGAACCAGUUUAA